AUGGCGACCAUUCCCCAUACCCAAGCCGACAUAGAGAAGGGCACGGCUCCUCAUGAUCCUAUCGAUGUAGGGGAUGGGCCGUCCAUCUCCAAAGAUGUCAAAAAUGAUGUCACAGCGACCGGUUCUUCUGAGGAGCCGGCAUCCUCUCCACGAUUUGCAGAGCGCUUUCAUUGGUAUACUCAACAGUUUGAGAAACAAUUGGUGCUCUACAACCUAGAGGCUCGAGGCAUCCAGCGAGUAGAGGACCAUGAAAGACAUGGGACCUCGUCAUUAGGAUACAUGCAGAUCAUCCUAUUUUGGAUCUCGAUUAAUCUUGCUGCUAAUAAUAUCACCCUUGGAAUGCUCGCCUCGCAAACCUUCACACUGAGCUUCCUUGACUCGGCAAUGUGUGCGGUUUUUGGAGCCAUCGUUGGCAGUCUGCCGGUGGCCUACAUUGCCACUUUUGGUCCUAUAUCUGGAAACCGGACAAUGAUCUUUGCUCGCUACGCAAUGGGCUGGUGGCCUAGCAAGCUGAUUGUUAUCCUGAAUCUAAUCGUUUCUCUGGGAUAUUCCCUCAUUGAUUGCGUCGUUGCGGGCCAGAUUCUCUCGGCCGUUUCUCCAAACGGAAGUCUUCCCGUUUUGUCAGGCAUCAUUAUUGUAGCAGUAAUAACAUGGGUUAUUACUACUUUUGGAUACGAGGUUUUUCACUAUUAUGAGAGAUAUGCCUGGUUUCCCCAGGUCAUGGUUUAUUGCAUCCUCGCUGGAGUCGCUGGCCCCAAAUUUGAUACGUCUUUGCCUUCUCAGGGGGAUUCUUUGACAAUUAUUGGAAAUCGAAUCUCUUGGUUCUCACUUGCUCUUAGUGCUGCAAUCACCUACGGAGGAGGGGCUGCAGACUAUUUUGUAUACUACCCUGAGACCACUCCACGCUGGAAAGUCUUCUUUAUGUCGAUGAUUGGAUUGACCUUCAGCUUUUCAUUUGCCCUUCUGUUGGGCAUUGGUCUCGGCUCAGGUGCUUCGACUGACCAAUCUUGGCAGUCGGCUUACAAUACCUCCCAAGGAGCACUCAUUGUAUCUGGCUUUGGCCCUCUGGGUGAUUUCGGAAAGUUUUGUGGGGUCAUCGUCGCUCUUGGUCUUAUUGGUAAUUUGGUUGCCCCGACCUAUUCUUCCGGCGUCGACUUUCAGAUUCUUGGCCGUUAUGCCGAGAAAAUUCCACGUGUUAUCUGGAAUACUAUUGGCGUCAUCAUUUACACAGUCUGCGCCCUUGCAGGACGAAAUUCACUCUCUGAUAUCUUUACCAACUUCCUUGCGUUGAUGGGAUAUUGGGUAGCGAUUUGGGUGGCCAUCAUGUUUGAAGAACAUUUUAUCUUCCGCCGUAAAAGAGGCUACUCCUGGGAGUCUUGGAAUGACUCUUCGAAGCUACCAAUAGGCAUUGCUGCAUUGAUAGCGUUCCUUAUCGGCUGGGCCGGUGCCAUUAUCUGCAUGGCUCAAGUUUGGUAUAUCGGCCCUAUUGCGGCUCGCAUUGGCGAUUACGGUGGUGAUAUUGGCAAUUACGUCGGCUUCUCAUGGGCGGCUCUCGUCUACCCACCCAUGCGGUGGUAUGAGCUUAAGAAAACUGGUCGGUAA